AUGAGCAAUCAUUCCGGAACAAUUCACACGGUUCGCUUCUCGCCGAAUGGGAAAUACUUAGCUUCUGGGGCGGACGAUAAGAUUGUGUGUGUGUACACUCAAGAAGCGAAUGCCACCGCCCAUGCGACUUUCGUCUCGGUAGGACUGGAUUCUAAAGUCGUAGUGUGGUCAGGCCAUACUUUUGAGAAACUAAAGACGCUCCUCAACCACCAGAGCCACGUCAAAGGAAUCACCUUUGACCCCGCAAAUAAAUACUUUGCUACAGCCAGUGAUGACCGUACCGUUCGGAUCUUCCGUUUCAAUUCCCCCUUACCCAAUUCCACUGCCCACGACCAGACGCAUAAUUUUGUGCAUGAAAAGACAGUUAAAAGUCCGUUCGUGAAUUCCCCUCUCACCACAUAUUUCCGAAGGUGCUCCUGGUCUCCAGAUGGCAACCAUAUAGCUGCUGCAAACGCCGUCAAUGGCCCAGUCAACGCUGUAGCAAUUAUAAACCGGGGUUCAUGGGAAAGUGAUAUCAACUUGAUCGGCCAUGAAGCUCCAGUUGAAGUCUGCGCCUUUGCACCCCGGCUCUACUCACCCCAGCCGAUUCAAAAACCUAUGUUGGAUAGCCACGGAAAUCCAGUCCACAAUGCGGUCACCGUUAUUGCGUGUGCUGGAGGAGAUAAAUCGCUAAGCAUAUGGAUCACCAGCAACCCACGACCCAUCGUAAUAGCGCAGGAUAUAUCAGUCAAGGCAAUAUCCGAUUUGGCAUGGAGUCCUGAUGGAAAUAAUUUGUUUGCCACCGCCCUUGAUGGAGCCAUCAUUGCUGUCCGAUUUGAGACCGCAGAACUAGGCCAUCCAAUGCCCAUUGAAGAGAACGAAAAGUCACUGUCAAAAUUUGGAACAAAUCGAAGAGGUGCGGGAAUGGUCGAGUCUACCGACGGCUUGCUUCUUGAAGAGAAAAGCAAAGCUGGAGAACUACGUGGAGUAAAGGGCAGAAUGGGUGCGCUAAUGGGGGAUGGUCAAGCUGAUACUGACGGUACGGUUAGCGGAGAUGCGGAUGCUGCCGUAGCCGUAACCUCUGUGCCGAAAAAUGCCCAAGCCGAUAAAUCAAACAAAACUGGGACUACCAAUGGAACGGAGCCCGCCCAAGCAAAGCAGGACCCAUAUGCUGUGAAGUUGGAUAGGUUGAAACAAAGGCCAACAUAUACUAAAGAUGGGAAGAAACGAAUUGCGCCACUAUUGGUUUCUGGGGCAGUGGGAUCUCAAUCUUCUCUUCCACAGACAAAGCUAGUUGCUGCGUCAAUGAACACCCAGGGGACAUCAGAGGGACCACAGUCAGUGCUUGACUUGUCCAAACCGUUCGAUGGUCUACCGAAGGGAGGGUUGACGGCGUUACUAUUUGGCAAUAGGCGAAAGUUUUCUCAACUAGAAGAUGACGAAGAAAACUCAGCCGAGAAAAGAGUAGCAACUGCAAGAGAAAAUGGCGUUAUACCUAUUCUUUCAAACACUCCGGACGGACUUGUCCCUGCAGUUCCCACUCCCAGUGGACCACAAGAAACACCCAGUUUCAUCAGACCCGCAGUGGUUAAUCCUUGCAUGGCCAUCAGUCAACUACGUCUCGCAGUUCCAAAGAUACGAAGUCAUAUCCUGCAAGGUAUAGAUAAUCUUGGGAACCCGAAGGAUGUAUCGGACAGCUCAAAGGCCAGAGUGGAUAUUGUCUUUGAAGCGCGAAAUCCAUCCCAGGCAAGUUUGACUGGGCGCACUGUUGAUAAGGAGCCGGUACGAAUCAGUCUUAAUCGCGGUGAUCAGCCAUUGUGGCAGGAUUAUCUCCCCAAGGCUGUGAUACUUGUUACUGGCAACAAGAAGCUCUGGGCAGCAGCGUCUGAAGAUGGCUCCAUAUAUAUAUGGACACCAGCUGGCAGGCGUCUCAUCAAUGCCCUGGUGCUUGAAUCACAGGCGGUUGUGCUAGAGUGUAUGGAGUCAUGGGUACUCUGCAUCACUGCUGUAGGGAUGUGCUAUGUAUGGAAUGUCGGUACUCUUUCGUCACCCCAUCCUCCCGUUUCACUCCAGCCAGUACUGGAUGCAGCACUACAUACCAUGACAGGUCAUGCAACCGCCGUUCCAUCCAUCGUCGCAUCAAGAAUCAGUUCUGAAGGUCGAAUAAUCGUUGGUUUGUCGACAGGAGACGGAUACAGCUACUCUCCAUCACUGUAUACCUGGCAACGGCUAUCCGAGCCAUGGUGGGCUGUGGCAAGUCAAUACUGGAACUCUACCGAGGCGCCGGUGGGCAACGUCCAGGUCCGUGGUCAGGCAGAAGGAGAGUCCGUUGCCCCCGUAUCUGCCGGCAUAGUGCCGUUCCUGGAACGAAACACCACCCAGGAAGUCCUUGCCCGAGGACGCGGACACUUCCUACAACGCCUCAUCAAAGUGCUUUUAUCUCGCGAAGGAUUCGAGGGCUUCGAAGCAUCUGCCUCUAUAGCUCACCUGGAGAACCGAGUUGCUGCUACCCUGUCUCUUGCUGCCAAAGAAGAAUUCCGCAUGUACCUUUCUAUGUAUGCCAAACGACUGGGUGCAGAGGGAGCUAAACUCAAGGCUGAAGAGCUAUUAGAAGAUAUCCUUGGCGGUGUCUUCGAGGACCAGGUAAUUGAGGAUGAGAAAGCGAAGCAGAACCGUCAACCAGGACAGCCAGAGCAACGGUCCUGGGUGAACGAGUCCGAAACAUUGUGUGGAUGGCCCCGCCGAACGCUCCUCAAGGACGUGAUUCUAGCAUUUGGCAAACAUCGCGAUCUGCAGCGGGUGACUGUGCCGUAUGCUCAGCUUCUGGGCAUACUCGACGAGAGUCAGGAUGACAACGAUACCAUGGAUGUUUAA